AGUUCUUCUGUAGCUGUAGUGGAUGAAAAUCGAAAAGACGUAAUAGACGAAGAUACCUAGAAAGGAUUUGAGGAGAGAGAAGAAGAAGAUGAGCAACAACAGGAAUUGGACUGGAAAAAUGAUAAAGAAUUCAAGAAAUUUAUGGGGAAUCCAUCAAUUGAAGCUGCAAUUAAGUUGGAGAAGAAAAGGGCGGAUAGGAAGCUUAAAGAGCUUGAUGUUGAGAGCAAGAGUGAUAAUCCAAUUGUUGGGGUUUUCAAUCGAAUUGCUCGUGAGAAUUUGUUGAGAGAGAAAGAGACUUUGGAAAAAGUUGAACAAGCUUGUAAAGCCCUUGAUCUUAACAAGUUGAAGAAUUGCUUUGGAUUUGAUACAUUAUUUGCCACGGAUGUCCGAAGAUUUGGGGAUGGGGGUAUUUUCAUAGGGAAUUUGAGAAAACCUAUCGAAGAAGUCAUGCCACAAUUGGAGAAGAAACUCUCUGAGGCAACUGGGACUGAGGUAGUGAUAUGGUUUAUGGAAGAGAAGAAGGAUGAUAUUACAAAACAGGUGUGUUUGGUUCAACCAAAGUCAGAAAUUGAUCUUCAGUUUGAAUCGACUAAUCUGAGCACUCCUUGGGGCUAUCUUAGUGCAAUAGCCUUGGGUGUUACAACUUUUGGAACAAUUGCUUUGACAAGUGGUUUCUUUGUCAAGCCUGGUGCAACAUUUGAUGACUACCUGGCUAACUUUGUACCUCUUUUUGGUGGGUUUUUGACCAUUUUGGGCGUAUCUGAGAUUGUCACAAGGUUGACAACAAAUCGAUAUGGGGUAAAGCUGAGCCCAUCAUUUCUUGUUCCAUCGAAUUGGACGGGGUGUUUGGGAGUAAUGAAUAACUAUGAGUACCUCCUCCCUAGUAAGAAUGCCCUUUUUGAUAUUCCUGUUGCUCGUACAGCCAGUGCAUACUUGACCUCUCUGGCGCUUGCAGUUGUUGCCUUUGCAUCAGAUGGCAGCUUCAAUGGAGGUGAUAAUGCACUGUUUGUAAGGCCUCAAUUUUUUGAGAACAACCCUUUGUUUUUCAUCCAAUAUGUAAUUGGACCUUAUGCUGAUGAACUUGAAAACGUGCUGCCUUUUGCGAUGGAAGGAGUGGGAGUACCAGUUGACCCCCUUGCUUUCGCUGGGCUUUUAGGGAUGGUGGUGACGUCUCUGAACUUGUUGCCUUGUGGGAGACUUGAAGGGGGUAGGAUAGCACAGGCUAUGUUUGGCAGGAACACUGCCACUUUGCUCUCAUUUGCCACUUCUCUGCUACUUGGUAUUGGUGGUUUAAGUGGAAGUGUUAUCUGUCUGGCAUGGGGAUUGUUUGCUACCUUCUUCAGAGGAGGAGAAGAAAAUCCUGCCAAAGAUGAGAUAACUCCAUUAGGCGAUGAUCGUUAUUCCUGGGGUGUUGUCCUCUUCCUUAUAUGCUUCCUCACUCUCUUCCCAAGCGGAGGAGGGACCUUCUCAAGUUCCCUCUUCACCGGACCAUUUUUCAGAGGCGAUUUGUAAUUAUUGUAAAUACGGUAAUCUAGUUUGAUGUUGAAUUGCCUGUAUAUUAUUUUUUCUUGAUUAAUUGUGUUUCUUUUUAUAAUUAUAUAUGUUUUCUCCAUCCAAAAUCUUGUAAGUUGAAGGAUUUUGGAGGGGUGUUUUUUUUGCUACUUAUGUCCAGUGAAAAAUGGACAUAGAAGUGUAUCAUUUCAUGGCCAUUGCAUUUUCUUUUCUAGUCUGUAAAUUACCUGCACUAAGUAAGGCUCGAAAUUUAAGAACUUUGGAGAAUGGAGGUUGUAAUUUGAGAAAUCAAACUUAUGAACAUAAGCAGUCAGCACAAUGGGGGAAGACUGUCAGUCUUGAUGUAGAUGUAUUUUAGGAAAAUAUCAGCCCUGCACUACUAUUGCUAGACGAUCAUUUGUUGUAGCAAUGUAUGUAUAUUUUGGUCACUACAAUGUUGUAUUUCACUCUUGUAUAAGUAACACUUUAUAAUGUGAGAACUCAAUUGAAAGUUAUGAGGUUGAUAAUUGUAACGCCCCGUCUUUUCGGUACUUUAAUUAUAGGUAAUAAACCGCACAUAGCUGAUCAUUGGCAGCGGAAAUAGACAUAAAAUAAUCCUGGGACAUGUGGGUAUGGGCCCACAAAUAAAAUAAUCUUUAAUAACAUUCCAUAAAUAAUACUCCCUUCAUCCCUUAAUACUCGCACCCCGGUGCGGAGUUUAAGACAUUUAAAUUGAAUUAUUAAAUUAAUGAGUGUUAGUUGAUAGUGAGGUAUUUUUUUUUAAUAUAGUUAGUGGAAAAUGUGUAAGGGGUGGGGAGUGGUGAGUGAGAGGUGUGGAUUUUUAAAUGAUUUUUUGUAUGGAGUAGGGUUGUAGGUGGGGUAGUAGGUAAGUGUGAGAAAUAAUAUAAUAUUGGUAAAGAUUUCCAUUUAUAGAAGCGGUGCAAGUAUCAAGGGACGGCCCGAAAAGGAAAGCGGUGCCAGUAUUAAGGGACAGAGGGAGUACGACUUUUCCAAAAAUAAUUAUAAAUCAAUAUUCUUAUAACAACCUCAGUAACAGGAUUUCCAUAAUAAAUAAUUACUCAUCUCGAUAUCUCCAUAAUAAAUAACCAACUCCAGUAAUAAAUCUCAUUUGAGCAACUUGAGCUCCUUAAUCGAACCUGUACAUCAUCAUAAAAAUAGAAAACAGGAAAAACACAGAAAAUCCAAAAUGAGUGGAAAACUCAGUAAUAUUACUCCAGCCUGUCAAACGGUUUUAUUUUGAAAAUCAUUUGGCACAUAUCAAUCAUUAGCAUUUAUUGUUCGGAAAUAACUAACUUAAUCUCGUCAUCUUAAAAACUGUGUCGGCAAGGAAUCAUUUCCUUUAUAGCUCAUUGGCAAGUACAUGUUUUGGCGGGACUUUUCUUACAUCUUUUCGGGGGGGACUGGUUCCCUUUAACUUUAACUUUGACUUUAACUUGCCUCCCCCUAUAACUUGCCCAUUUACUAGUUCCGUUCACUUUUCCAGGCCGACAAAAGCAACAUCGUAUUCUUUAAAAUAACUUUAUAAAAAUCAUAAUUAUUCCUGAACAAUUAAAAUCAUAAAAUAGUAACAUAUUAUCAUAAUCGUACUCAUAAAACUUUAACUCAUACGUCAUAGCAUCAUCACAUAAAUCACGUAAUAUUCACAUAGUGAUCAUAUAAUCACACAUAUUUAGUAUACGGGCAUAUAAAACUUAAAUGCUGAACAUAAACAUAAUAUAUUUUUACAUACGGGCUUUGCUGAUUACAUUCACUGUAUGGGAGAGCAUGUAGUGUCGUAGUUUCUUUGUGGCCCAAACCAAGGCGAUGCUGAGUUUCUCGAGCUGAGUGUAUCUGGUCUCGUAUUCGAUUAACUUUUUACUGAUGUAGUAUACAACGUUUUCUUUGCCUUCAACUUCUUGGGCGAGCAUGGCCCCAAUUGCUGAAUCUGUCGUUGUAAGGUAAAGCCUGAGGGGAAUCCCUAGCAUAGCUGGCUUUAGCACUGGCGGGUUGGAAAUGUAGUCUUUGAUAGUAUUGAAUGCGUGUUGGAAAUCCUCGUCCCAGAUUUUGGGCUCGCUUUUGCGGAGCUUUCGAAAUACUGGUUCGCAAAUCAUAGUGAGCUUUGAAAUUAACCUACUGAUGUAUUGCAGUUUGCCGAGAAACCCCCGAAUCUCUUUUUCAUUCGUUGGCGGCUUCAUCUCUUGAAUGGCCUUGAUUUUCGAAGGAUCAGCCUCGAUGCCCCGAGAGCUGAUGACAUGCCCGAGCAACUUGCCUGACGUUACCCCGAACGCACACUUUUGAGGAUUGAGCCUCAUAUUGUAUUGCCUGAGCCUGUCGAAGAAUUUCCGGAGUACCGAGGUAUGCUCAUGUCGCUCUUUGGAUUUGACGAUCAUGUCGCCGACAUAUACUUCAUUUUCCCUAUGAAUCAUAUCGCUCAUGAUAGCUGUUGCUGUUCUUUGAUAGGUUGCCCCUGCAUUCUUCAGUCCGAACGGCAUAACCGUAUAACAAUAUGUACCCCACUGAGUGAUGAAGGUUGUCUUCUCCAUGUCCUCCUCUGCCAUGGGAAUCUGAUUGUAGCCUGCAUACCCGUCCAUAAAAGAGAGUAAGGCAUGAUUUGCGGUGUUAUCGACCAAGACGUCGAUGUGAGGCAAUGGAAAACCGUCUUUAGGGCUGGCCCUAUUAAGAUCUCUGUAGUCCACACACAUUCGUACUUUGCCGUCUUUCUUUGGAACUGGGACGACAUUUGCAAUCCAUUCCGGAUACUUGGCUUCUCCAAUAAACCCGGCCUCUAGCUGCUUAGAGACCUCUUCUUGAAUUUUGAGGGAAACGUCCGGUUUCAUGUGACGGAGUUUCUGCUUGAUGGGUUUUGAACCUGGGAUGAGCGGAAUUGUAUGCUGACCGAUGCUUGGAUCAACCCCUGGCAUAUCAUGAUAGGACCAUGCGAAGACGUCUAUGUACUCUGAAAGUAGCUUGAUAAGAUCAUCCCGCUCUGCUUGAGAUAGAGUUAAGCCAAUCUGAACUAGUUUUGAACCACUGUUGUUAGAAAGGUUAACGUUUUCACUAGUAGAAAAAACCCCUGUUGCAACCCCCUUAUUGCAGCGUACAAGUAUUAAUACGCUUCAACAACCAGUCGGUCAACGCGGGUCAAACCUUUUAAGGGUUAUCGCAGCGUACAUUUUUAUUGUUCGCUGCGAAAUAGUUUAUUGCAGCGUACAAAAUUAAAGCCCGUAGCAAUAUACAGACUCUGUUGCAGCGUACAUGCUAUUGUACCCUGCAACAGGUCCUGAUCCGUUUUUCAAAAUACAUUAGCUCAUUUCUCAAAAUUUGCUGCGGGCUCCGUGUUUCAAAAUACUGCAAUUCAAAAUACUCCAAAAUAUCUCAAAAUUUUAGAACUCAUUUCCUCGCGCUCAACUCCAACUCUCCAAACAUCUCCCAAUUUUUCGCCGUCGCCGUCGAACUCCAACCCUUGUUCGGCCCUGCGUCGCCGUCGAAAUCCGCCCUUGCUCGGCCCUGCGUCGCUGUCCUCUCCGGUGGGUGUCUGUUCUCGCCUCAUAUCCCCCGUCGCUGUCCUCUCCGAUGGGUGACUUUUCAAUUGCUGAAAACUCGGUCAGCUUGGUCGGCCGGGGGUUCAGCGUCCCCCCGUCGCGUCCUGGUUCCGGUGCUUGCUCGGCCGUUACUCUCCUCGCCACAACCAGUUUACAAAGCCAGCAGUGGCCUCAAGAUUGCUGUUGAACUUUGUGGUGAGCUAAAACUGAUUAAUUGUGCAUAAUAAUUUCUAGUAGCAGUAAUUGAACUAUUUUGGUCGCUGAUCUCAAAAGAGGUUAAGGCUAAUCACCCAAAGAUUAUCAGCUUGCUGGGGUUGUUGCGGUUGAAGUCACAGGAGGGCCAACCAUCGACUUUGUUCCAGGAAGAAUGGAUUGCGCAGAUUCUCCUGAUGAAGGACGCCUUCCUGAUGCAAAUCAAGGUGCCGAACAUUUGAGAGAAAUCUUUUACAGAAUGGGGCUUUCUGACAAGGAUAUUGUCGCGCUUUCAGGAGGCCACACUCUGGUAUAUUUAUCACCAUUUGAUGGGACAUGAAGUCGAGAUGCAGGUGGUUUGAAAUACUUUGCCUCGUCGAUUUGGCGCUCCAGGUCUUCCAGAGUUGAAUGCAUCUCAGCUACAAUAAUCGGGCAAUUAUGGAGGCUGCUCAAGUACUGCUUUAUUUCGGAGUUGAACAAAUCAUCUAUGUUUCUGAAAUGACGUACUGCUAAAUAAAGGUCUAUUCUCCGAAGACUGCGCCUUAUGCUAGUGAGGAAAAUGAUGUGGUUCGUGAGCAAUGGGCUAAGUUUUAUACCAGCAUGUAUUUAUUAUUGAUCUGAGGGCGCUUGAUCGAGUUGGUUUAGAUGUUAUAGAACAAUUUUUUAUGUUGAAAUGUAUGCUUACGUUGAAAUUGGAACGUACAUAUAUUUAUUUAAAUGUAUAUAUAUGGUACGUGCACUUUGGUUUUGGGAUAUAUAUACAAAACACCAGUUAUUGUUUUUA